CAGGCCAGCCGGUUUCCGGAGGAGUUGGGGGUGGGGCGGCCGCAGAGGCUGGAGCGAGGCGGCGGGAUGCAGCGCCCCGGGCCCUUCAGCACCCUCUACGGGCGGGUCCUGGCCCCACUGCCCGGGCGGGCCGGGGGCGCGGCCUCGGGUGGGGGCGGGAACAACUGGGGCCUCUCGGGCUCCCACGUGCAGUUGCCGGGGCGUGCACAGUCGGAGACCCGCGGCGACAAGGGAGGCUCGAGCGCGGGCGGCCCGGCCCCCUCCACGAUGUCCAAGGCCGAGGAGGCUAAGAAGCUGGCGAGCCACACGGCGGUCGAGAACCACGUGAAGAAUAACCAAGUGCUGGGAAUUGGAAGUGGUUCUACAAUUGUCCAUGCUGUGCAGCGAAUAGCUGAAAGAGUGAAGCAAGAGAAUCUGGACCUCAUCUGCAUCCCCACAUCUUUCCAGGCCAGGCAGCUUAUCUUGCAGUAUGGCUUAACCCUUAGUGACCUGGAUCAACACCCAGAGAUUGACCUUGCCAUUGAUGGUGCUGAUGAAGUGGAUGCUGAGCUCAAUCUCAUCAAGGGUGGUGGAGGCUGCUUGACCCAGGAGAAGAUCGUGGCUGGUUAUGCCAGUCGCUUCAUUGUGAUCGCUGAUUUCAGGAAAGAUUCAAAGAACCUUGGGGAUCGGUGGCACAAGGGAAUUCCUAUUGAAGUCAUCCCAAUGGCCUAUGUCCCAGUGAGCCGAGCUGUGACCCAGAAGUUUGGGGGUGAGGUGGAACUUCGAAUGGCUGUCAACAAGGCAGGGCCUGUGGUGACGGAUAAUGGGAAUUUUAUCCUGGACUGGAAGUUCGACCGGGUACAUAAAUGGAGUGAAGUGAACACAGCUAUCAAAAUGACUCCAGGUGCCCAUAGAGACCAGAAGAGGGCAUCUGAUCUCCGGGAGCUGGAGUUACAGCUAGUUGUGAGCCUUCUGUCGUGGGUGCCCAGAAUUGAACUUGGGUCUCUACAAGAUCAGUGUGCUCACUUGAGCACUGAGCCAUCUCUCCAGCCCCAAGACCCUGACUUGAAUGCUCACUCGCUCAAGUGAGGCUGUCUGAUGUAAGCGCAGACUUUAUGCCAAGGGAUAAUCAGGCGUGGUGGACACAGGCCUUUUCAUCAACAUGGCGGAGAGAGUCUACUUUGGGAUGCAGGAUGGCUCAGUGAACGUGAGGGAGAAGCCCUUCUAACCCUGAGAGGAGCAGGGUGCUCACCUUGAGUCUCCAGCCCAGGCACGGUGGACAUGCCUCACCAGGAGCCUUUGCCUUAAUGUACCUUCAUGUAGCUGUCCACAGUGCCAGAGUGGACGGCUGGCCGUGGGUGGUGGGGUAGUCAAACCCAGUCUUAUGAAGUAUUGCUAUGUGUCUUUUUAAAAAGAAAUUUAAAUAUAUAUAUAUUUUUACUAUUAAAAUAUUCAGUUUUUUUUUUUAUAAAAUAGAACUUGAUUUUAUGUUUUAUAUGAAACCUUUACCAAAAACAAAAAAAAUGUAUAAAUAAAAAUAAGAGAUCAGGACUGUCUCUGAAAGCUUUGACUGGACCUGCUGAUUGUUAACCUUCUGAAGUUUUGAGUUUGCUGAGAAAUAACAUUUUUCUAAGCUGGAGCAGUGAGGAGCCAGCCAGCAGGUCUCCUGAUGCCUUAUGGGAAACCUUGUUUACUGUUUACUUUCUUUCCACACUCUUCUGUUUUGAGGUUGUUUUCAUUGUUACCACUCCCAAGAUCAGGUUUAGGGAAUUCUGAAUGGAGCAGUGGGGUUGUAGGGUAUGAACUGGGGUAUGAACUCCCAGGUGAGGAUGCACCUUCUCGGAUCCUGGCUUUGCUUUGGCCCUGCUGUUGGAAGCCCCUGGUGGAAGCGCCUGCUGGCAGCGCACAGCAUUGCCUGAGAUGUGAAGCACUUAUUUACUUUUUGUUGUUUGAAUGAUUUUCUUUAUGUUAAUGUUGUUUUGUUCCUCCAAUGACCCUUGUAUGAUUUGGUAUCAGAAGCUGUCACUUCUUUGUGCUGUUUGAAGGUUGAAAUAAACGUUCCUGUGCCAUUUUGA